UCAUUAAAACGACCAAGUGAUUCAUCUUUGAUACACACACGAUCUUCGGUGCAACUCUUCUGACAGCUAGCAGCAACUCCACAACGCGUUAAACUUGCUGCCUUCGUACAGAGUGAGUUGGACAGGACAGGAGAGGGGAGGGGAGCUGUACCCGACGUCUCCCCCCUGCUGACCCCGAGUAAACCAGCCAUGGACGACGCCUCCUCACUGGGCAAAGUCAGCAGCUCCACAGAGUCCGUGGCCACGGUCACCAGCGAGGAGUUUGUUCUGGUUCAGUCCAGCGCUGCCGGGUCGCCUCAAGGCUCCGAGGGCAAACCACGACUCAAGAUGUCUUGGAACGGUAGUGAACAGCUGGAGAGAGCGAUGGAGGAAGUGUUGGACGAUGACGACGACGAGGUGAAGGAGGAGAAGAGCAGUGUGGAGAAGAUGGAGAAGCACAGGGACCCAGAGAGCCCAGUCCUGGAACCCAGACCUCCAGAGUCAUGUCCAGCGCCGUCCAGUCCCACAGUCCUGGAGGAGGACAGUGUUCAGUUCAACAAGCUGUCGUACCUGGGGUGCACCUGGGUCAAAGCCCCACGAAAUGAGGCGGAGGCGCAGAGGGCGAUGGCCACGCUGCGAGCAGAGAGCGCCAUCCCCAUCCCCAUCACCCUGCAUGUGCCCUGUGGACCCGAGGGCUCAGUCAGGAUCGUGGACCAGGCGACGGGUACAGAGAUCGCAUCCUUUCCCAUCUACAAAGUGCUGUUCUGUGCUCGUGGACGAGAAGGUUCAGUGGAAAGUGACUGUUUCUCCUUCACCGAGAGCUACCGGAGUUCGGAGGACUUCCAGAUUCACGUCUUCUCCUGCCACAUUAAAGAGGCCGUCAGCCGUAUCCUCUACAGUUUCUCCACAGCUUUUCGCCGUUCAUCACGGCCCGCAGACAUCAGAGACACGGCGCUGUCUGGGCCGCCGGACAGCGACCUCUACACCUUCACCGUGUCCCUGGAAAUCAAAGAGGACGACGGCAAAGGCAACUAUAGUCCAGUGCCCAAGGACAGAGAUAAGUUCUACUUCAAGCUGCGUCAGAGCGUUCAGAAGAAAGUGGUGGUUUCAGUUCAACAGAUGUGCAACAAGGAGCUCGGCAUUGAGAGGUGUUUUGGGAUGCUGCUCAGCCCAGGCCAGAAGGUCUGCAACAGUGACAUGCACCUUCUAGACAUGGAGUCGAUGGGGAAGAGUUCUGAUGGGAAAGCGUACGUGAUCACAGGAACAUGGAACCCCAACAUGGCCGCCUUCCAGCCGCUGAAUGAAGACACGCCUAAAGAUAAACAGGUGUACCUGACGGUGGCGGUGGACCUGGUUGUGACCGAGGUGGUGGAACCCGUUCGCUUCCUUUUGGAAACACUGGUCAGAGUUUAUCCGUCCAAUGAACGCUUCUGGUACUUCAGCCGCAAGACCUUCAGUGAGACCUUCUACCUCAAACUCAGACAGCAGGCACCAGACAGGGCCGGUCAAAGCGACGCUGUGUAUGAGGUGGUGAGUCUUCUGAGGGAAGCAGAAAAGAACAGUGAAGGGAGAGGACGACUGGGCUCGCCUCCUGAGGAAGAUGAGGCUGAUGAAGAUAGCGACAAUGAAAUCCCCAGUGGAACGGGAGAUGUUUCCAAAGACUGUCCAGAGAAAAUCCUGGAGUCCUGGGGGGAUUCCUCACCAGAUGGCACGGAAACCUGUCCAGUCGUCCGAAGGGUUUGCCCUCGCUGGUUCGCAGUGGCAUUCCUGAGCCACUCAGAGCUGAAGUCUGGCAGCUGCUGGCCGGUUGCCACGACAACCAUGACCUGCUUGAGCACUACCGCAUUCUCAUCACCAAGGAGUCGGCCCAGGACGGUGUGAUCACCCGGGACAUCCACCGCACGUUUCCCGCUCAUGACUACUUCAAGGACUCGGACGGGGAUGGACAGGACUCGCUCUACAAGAUCUGCAAGGCAUACUCUGUUUAUGACGAGGAAAUUGGUUAUUGUCAGGGUCAGUCGUUUCUUGCUGCUGUUCUCCUUCUGCACGUG